AUGCCACCUUCUCAAUCCCCAGACAGCAGCCUUGCCCAAGUCUGUAUACCUGCAGUCAGUGGCUCCUGUUAUGUUGCAAACGAGGCUGCGACCUUGGAUGCAACACCAGGUCUACAACCUCAAGCUCCCUUGGAGAACUUAUUGUACACGACUUUUGAUGACAUGGAUUUCAAUUCGAAUCUUGAUUGGAUGCUGGAUGAGAGCGACACCGGCAAUAACCUUUUCAGUCCAUCCGACAUUUUUGGUUACUCUGCUUCCAGUGACACCCAAUGUUUUCAGUCAUUCCUGAUCUCGGCAUCCCAGACAGCAGUCUCAUCACCGAGGCACUUUGACGUUGUCGACAGUCAUAUGAACACUCCAGAUCAAGCCCUGGGAGGGCUUCUAACACCUCAACCACAAGAGACUUGCUACACAGGGGACCCAUGGCCCGUGGAAACACCGAGACCGCCGCAAAGACAGAUUUCACUUCCGGCGCUGGGACCGCAGGGUUUUGCAAAUCGCGCAAUCACUCGCUUCUCAUCAAUAACGGCUGUGGACACAAGAACCUGGCAUGGACUCCAAAAAUGCCUCAUGCUGCCAUUUGAGCACAACAGGUUCCAAUCCCUUGAUAUUGCGCAGUUCCCUGCGAAAGAAAUGCUUGAUGACUGUAUUGACCUUUUUUUCGCACACUUUCAUCCAAUGCUCGAUGUUGUCCACCAGCCCACAUUCGAUCCUUCAAAAGACUUGGUGGUCACAUUGUCCAUUAUCAGUGUUGGUGCUUGCUACUCAGAUUUUAGUGGUGCCAAACUGUUCUCCAUUGCGCUAUCGGAGUUGGUCCGAAAACUACUGGUCUUUAUGGCUGAGUCAGACCGCCGAUUUGUCCGAACUCGAUCUUAUGUUACUGCUCAACUCUUGCAAGGAACUCAUGGUUACUGUAGUGGGAGCGAGCGGCUUUUUGAACUCAGCGAGUCAUGCCGUGGUACCAUCACUCAUCAUGCCAAGUGUAUGGGGCUCUUUCGAGCUGAUAAUCCUGAGAAUCCAAAGCCUGGAAAAACUCUUGACGAAACAUGGAGAGCCUGGGUUGACGCGGAGGGUCUUCGCCGAUUGGGCUGGGCCGUGUACAAAUAUGAUGCUUCAGUAGCCUAUCUACACAACAAUCGGCCAUUCUUGAGCACAGGCGAUGUAAACCUGCCGCUACCAGCAUCAGUUGAACACUGGGGUGCCGAGUCGGGUCAAGCAUGGGCAGCACUCCACCCCUGGUCACAGGUGUGUCCUUCCAGCCCACGACUGCGUCCUACCAUUCGAUCCUUUUUCGACAACACGCAAAGGCCAUUAGAGAAUAUUGUAGUUGAAGAACAUAUCUUCCUGAUUACCCUGACUUUGGUUCGGAUGCUGUGGACACUUAAGGAGAUCCGCUCAUCCCCUAUUAACGACCUUGUGUCGCCUCCAGUGUACGACAAUGGCCGUCAGACCCUUCUGCAAGCGCUUGACGGCAUGAUGGUGUCCGUUGUGCCUUUCUCAAAGCUCCAUACCAAAGCGGAGAUUGAUCGUGUGGUGCAUCGAAUGCAACUCAUCCAUGUGGCUCAUCUAUAUGGGGCAGGAGACUUGAUGAACUGGCUCUGGCCAUCCCUUCGGGACGGCCCGGAAGCAGAAAAUGCCAGAGAGCGCAUGAGACAAUGGAGCAAUGAAGACAUGCAAAGAAGUCGAAAUGUGGUAUACCAUUGUGCUCAGUUGCUGGGGUUGAUCCGGCAUUACCCGAAUAAUAUGCCAUUCGAGGUGUUCUUGAUAUUUCAUGCCGGCGUGGUGCUUUCAUGCAUAGUGCCGCUACUCGAAGCCGAAAUGUUUCGAGAACGAACAACUGUUCUGCAUCUUGAUCAACUUGACUCCGGAGAUGAGCUUUUGUUCAAACGGCACGAUGAUUGGGUCAAAAACGGCGGCAAUACUCAGCUAUGCCUGACUGGUGUUCCUUCCUUAUGCUCUGCAGGCGCUCGGCGAGCUAUCCUCGAUCAAACAGCUUUACUGCUGCGGCGCCAGAAGGUGUGGGGCAUGGCACGUAAUUUAACGAAGGUAGUCCUUUCUCUAGGAGCCCGAAGUGCAGAGAUGCAAGCUCCAGAGGAGCAGUUGAUUUGA